ACAGAGUUCCAUCACAAAGCAAGAGAGUCAUAAUUCUGUUUCCAACAAUAUGGAUUCUCAAUUUCUAUAUUUUGCAUCAAUUCUCACCCUUUUCAUUUUUGUGUUUAUGUCACACAAAAUACUAACCAAGAAAUCAAAAUCAACUCCAAAUUUACCACCAGGUCCAUGGAAACUACCUAUCAUAGGAAACAUACACAAUCUUGUUGGUUCACUUCCCCAUCAUAGACUUAGAGAAUUAUCAACAAAAUAUGGUCCCUUAAUGCAUCUAAAGCUAGGAGAGAUUUCUACUAUUAUAGUUUCAUCAGCUGAAUGUGCUAAACAAGUUAUGAAAACUCAUGAUCUUAUCUUUUCAUCAAGGCCUCCAAUUCAAGCUUCAACAAUAAUGAGUUAUAAUAAUGUUGGUAUUGCUUUUGCACCUUAUGGUGAUUAUUGGAGACAACUUAGGAAAAUUUGUACACUUGAGCUAUUAAGUUCAAAAAGUGUUCAAUCUUUUCAACCAAUUAGAGAUGAAGAGGUUACUAAUCUCAUUAAAUGGAUUACUUCAAAAGAAGGGUCAUCAAUCAAUCUUACAAAAGAAGUUUUUUCAACAAUAUCUACAAUCACUUCAAGAACAGCCUUUGGGAAAAAGUGUGAGGAAAAUACAAAAUUUAUAUCAUUGGUAAGAGAAGCUGUCAAGGUUGCUGGAGGAUUUAAUUUGGGAGAUUUGUACCCUUCUUAUAAAUGGCUUCAAAACAUUUCUGGAUUGAAGCCUAAGCUUGAAAAGUUGCAUCAACAAGCUGAUAUUAUAAUGCAAAAGAUUAUUAAUGAGCAUAGAGAGGUUAAUAAAUUAAGGGCUAAUGAAGAUCAAGAAGUAGAAGAAGAUCUUGUAGAUGUGCUGUUGAAGCAGAACUGUUUAAGUGAUGAUAGUGUCAAAGCUGUGAUCUUGGAUGUGUAUGGAGGAGGAAGUGAGACAUCAGCUACUACCAUAGCAUGGGCAAUGGCUGAGAUGAUUAAAAAUCCAAGAAUAAUGGAGAAGGUACAAGCUGAGGUAAGAGAGGUCUUUGAUAAGGAAAAAAACCUCAAUGGAAGGGACAUUGAGAAAUUAACAUAUUUAAAGUAUGUUGUGAAAGAGACAUUGAGAUUACACCCUCCAGCUCCAUUAUUGCUUCCAAGAGAAUGUGGACAAGAUUGUGAGAUAAAUGGCUAUAAUAUACCUUUUAAAAGCAAAAUCAUAGUGAAUGCUUGGGCAAUUGGAAGAGAUCCAAAUUAUUGGGUUGAUCCGGAGAUAUUUUAUCCUGAAAGAUUCGUUGAAAGUUGUGUAGACUAUAAGGGUAAUAAUUUUGAGUUUAUUCCAUUUGGUGCUGGAAGAAGAAUGUGUCCGGGACUCACAUUUGGUUUGAUCAAUGUUGAGUUUCCACUUGCAAUGUUAUUGUACCACUUUGAUUGGAAGCUUCCCAAUGGAGUUAAAAAUGAAGAUUUAGACAUGAGUGAAACUUUUGGAUCAGCUGUUACUAGAAAAGAUGAUUUAUAUCUUAUUCCGAUCACUUAUCAUCUUUAGCCAACUCUAGGGAUGGCAAAAAAAUUGUAUCUGCAACUAUCUACAGAUAAAAUAUGUCACGUGCAUAUGGUGGAUAGUCUAACGAGUCAUAGGUAAAAUAUAAUAGAUAUCUUCACUACUUACAAGUUAAUAGGAUGAACUUAAAUGUAAAAGAAUUGAUACUUGCAAGUACCGUAUUAUAUUUAUCAAAGUGAGGAUGUGAUAUAUUAAUAUUUUGAUGUAUUAAUAUUCUUUUAUAUUAACAAAAGAUUGAUGAAGAAA